UUUGAUAUUUAUAAUUUCUAUCAUAACUUGUUGAUUUGUAUAUCAAGCUAUCGUUUCGGUGAGUUGAUAAUAAUCUAUUAUCAGAACUAUUAUUAAAAAUGAGUAAGGAGAUCGUCAAUGCUUAUAUGGGCGAAAUUUUACUAAAAAAAAUGGACACUAAGAGUAAAGGGCUCUUGUGGCCAACUGCUACACUAUCAGCACGCAUCGUCUUCGGUGCUUUUGGCGGGAGAAACGCACCGAUAUACGGCGAGGGGGGAAUUGUGCGAUCGUGUGACAUUGCCUCGUGUGGUAUAUGGACGUAUCUAGCACUCGUCUGAAUCAUACCGUACUGUUUCGUACCGCUUUGGCUAAAAUAACGGAUUGGACACCAGAGUAUUUUAUCGCAAAUAAAUCGAAUUGUAAUGCGAUCUUGGAAAAUCUAGAUGCUUUAAAAGAAAUUCCCUUACUAAAUAAUGCCCCUGUUCAUACAUUCAGGGAUGGUCAGUUGGUCAGAUUUAAAGGAAUGAUUCAAGAUAUGCACAAUCCUGAAUAUUACUUACAAGUGUACGAAGUCAAAAAUACUCAAACUGAAACAUACCAGCUAAAAUGUGGGAUGUAUACAGAUUCUGCAAAAUGUUUGCCACACGAAAUGAUUUUGUUGGAAUCAGAAAAGAAUCAAAAUUCAGAAAGACAUACAUGUAUUGUGAUAUCAACUCCUGGUUUAAAUGAUUGGGCAAAGGAAACAUAUGAACAGUCACAUUAUUCAAGUAUAAGAUCCACUAAUAAUCAUAAAAGAAGUUUAGACAAGGAUAAUAAUGAAACUACAAACUAUUUGGAAUUAAUACAAAAAAAGGGAAGAAUGUCACCAAUCGAUAAUAAUGAAAAAAUGGAAACCAUGAAAUGUAAUACAAGGCAACAAAGUGCAUUUUCAAAGGAAUAUAUAUUAAAUUUUCCAUUUCCUAUGGAUGAUGGUAAAGCUUGCAUUGUAAAGAUAUAUGAAGAUAUGUCUUUAAAACUGAAUCAAGUUAUUGAAAUAAUAGGUUUUAUAUCUCUGGAUCCUCUUUUAAAUAUUGCUCAUGAUUCAGAUGAAACUAUGACAGAAGCUGAGAUAACUGUGCACCAUCCACCAGUAUCUCUUGUUCCACGAUUACACGCUAUAAAAAUAAUCCAUUCAACUAAACAAGAUAUGACAAUUGCUCCUCAAGUGAUAUCUAAUGCAGAAUUAAUAAGAAGCGAUCUUCACCUAAUACUAAGUCAACUUUUAUUUGGUGAUCAUCUGGCUGCAGAUUACUUAAUCUGUCAUUUACUUUCAUCAGUUUACAUGAAGAGGGAUUACUUCUGUCUUGGUACUUAUCCGCUAAAUAUAACACACUUUUCUGUGACUAAAUGCAAGGAAUUUCCAAAGUAUUUAUAUAAAUUUUUAACUCUAUUCAUCAAGAAAAGUUACUUGUUGGAAAUCACAUUAGAAAAUUUAAACAAUUUGGCAUUGUUGCCAAAGAAAGAUUACGAGUGUAAUAGGCUAACGAGCGGGAUACUCCAACUUAGCGACAAUACACAUCUCGUAAUAGACGAAACAGGACUAACUACUGGUCAAAUUACACAAGCCGGACGAGAAAAUUACAAUGCGAUUUGCGACUUGAUUAACUUUCAAAAAGUUACAUAUGAUUUUGAAUUUUAUAAAAUAGAAUACGAAACGGAUAUUCCAGUCUUAAUUUUAUCAGAAGCUAAAUCUUUUAUCCCUUGUCAAACCCAAGUUCUACUAAAAAUAGAUUCAGAAUCAGAAAGCGUUUAUCCUCAAAUAAUAAAAAUCGCUGAACAGUAUUUGAAAGAUGAAAAUAGAUUGAUAAAUAUUCGACAGUAUUUAGAAACUAUUCGAGAUACGAAAUUUGAAUUUAACGAUGAAGAUGUUAUAAAGGAAAUUCAGAAUGAUUUCAUACAAUGGAAGCAGAAAAACAAAAAUGCUGAUCAUUUGCACUUAUUAAUGGUGUUGGCUAGAUUAUUAUCUUUAUCAUAUGGAUCGAAUACUUUAACUAUAGAAUAUUGGAAAAAGGCAUUCCAAAUGGAAAUAGAAAGAUUAAAUAGAUUACCAAGGAAAAAGGAAACUUAACUGUUAAUUAAAAAUAAAGGAGGAAAAGUAGCGCAAAAAAGGGAAAAAGAGAAGGAAAGGAAAGAAGAAAAAAGAAGAAAAGGAAAGUAAUAUACAAGUAUGACGUGAUUCAGACGAAAUAUCAAAAGAUGUAUCGAAUGAAAUACGCGCGUAAUCCGAUAUCUUAUAAUUACAUACUUCACCAGAUAACGCGCAUGUUUCGACUUCUACUUAAUACAUACAUAUAUCGGAGGGUUAAACGUAUUAAAUCAGAAUGUUUAUGUUUCUAUGUUCAAUUAUUAUCUAAUUAUAAUAUUCGAAACAAAAAAAGAAAGAAAGUAUCUAUUAUAUUCCUAGUGUUGUAAUACACCAAAACAAUACAUAAAAACAGCAAAUAUGCUAAUAAAUCAAUAAAUGAAUGAAUAAAUUAAUAAAUAAAUAAAUAGAAGCGUAUAAAGGAAUAUUGCACCUGAAAAUUACUCUGCCAUCAAAUCUUAACAGCAUCACAACGUUAGGAAUUUAAUUUAGUUCGUUCCGUAUUGAAUCGCCUUUUAUUGCAAAUAGAUUUCAAGAAAAUCGUAAAUCAAAUCGUGUGUCAUACGUAUCGAAGUAUACUCACAUUAAUUUCAAGUCUAUGUAUUGUCUGAAAAAGUUUUAUUGUGCGCAUUAAGAAAGAAUAAUUUACGAAUAUUAAUAUUUAUAGCAAAUCAAGACGGAACGAGCAAUAAUUUUUUAUUCAUAAAUAUGAACGACAAUGUAUACACGCUAAUGAGCAAAAAAGAGUCGAUC